CCAGCAGCAGAGCCCACAGGGAGCGAGCAUGGCGGGCCCAGAUGUUCCCCGCGCCCCGCCCGCGCCCCUCGCCCUCCUGGGCGCCCUCCUCCUCAUCUUCUCCCGCCCCACCGCCCUCGUCGCGGAAAAGGCACCCAACUACGUGGACCUGGCCUUCUUCCAGGAGAGCUUCCCGGGACCGGGGCCCAAGGCGGAGGCGGCGGAGGCGGGCGAGUACCUGCAGGAGUUCGAAGGCGAGGCCCUCUUCCAGGUGGACUGGGCCCGGAAGAGCGUCUCCUGGAACCUCCCCGAACUCACCCACUUCGCCUCUUACGAGGCCGCGGUGGGCCUGGGCUUCCUCUCCGGGAUGAAGCACAACGUGGAGGUCUUCAUGCAGCUCAGCAACCGGACGCGCGCCCUGAACGCUGCCCCUUCGGCCAAGGUGUACACUGAAUACCCCGUGGAGAUGGGGGACCCCAACAUCCUCAUCUGCUUCGUGGACCUGUUCUCCCCUCCGGUGCUGAACGUGACCUGGCUGAAGAACGGGGAGGUGGUCUCUGAGGGGGUGAAAGAGACGGGUUUCCUCCCCAGCACAGACAAUUCCUUCUCCAAGUUCUCCUACCUGCCAUUCAUCCCACAAAACGGAGAUUUCUAUACCUGCCGAGUGGAGCACUGGGGGCUCCCAGAACCCCUGACCACGAUAUGGGAGUCUAAGGGACCCACUCCCCUCCCAGAGACGGCUGAGAAUGUGCUCUGUGGGCUUGGCCUGGCCAUCGGCAUCCUGGGCAUCGUCGUGGGCACCGUCCUCUUCUUCAAGGCCAUGAGGAUGACCAAUCACAACAUCCGCAGAGGACGGAGUGGUGGCCUGUGAGAAAUAUGGGAACUUCUUUCCCUGCAACAGCCUCCACAAGGACGUCUCCUGAUUUGCUGCUCUCGCUAUCACAUCCAAGGCCAGCUUCCCUGCCGCCAUCAGCCGCAAGAGCCUCCCAUUAGCUCUGUCUUGACUCCCUCAUAGAACCCCACUGGGGACCCAAACCAAAGAGACUGGGUGCAACCAACUCAGUGCUCCACCAUUACCCAUCCAUCCACCUGGCAACCAGUAACAUAUGUGAUGGCUGAGUUUGGUUGCUCUUCUUGUGUGCCUUCAAGUUGUUUCUGAGUUUGCUUUGCCUUUUGGGCAAGGUUUCCUCAGAGGUUAUUUGUCCUUGCCUUCCU